GGCGCUUGCGCGGCUCUUGUUAGAACGUUCGGUGGGAGUUUAGCCUUGCGGAGUUUGAUUCGUUGGUUGCUGGACCAAGACACGGGAAGAGAAGAUGGUGCGCAAGCUGAAGUUCCACGAGCAGAAGCUCCUCAAGAAGCUCGACCUGGUGAAUUGGGAGGCUGCCACAGGGAACCUUGCUGAGCUGCGUGUGCUCCGUCGUUACCGCUUGCAGCGCAGGGAGGAUUACACCCGCUACAACCAGCUGAGCCGGGCCGUUCGGGAGCUAGCUCGCCGGAUCCGAGACUUGGGCGAUGCGCCGGAAUCAGCCGCUUUCCGGGCUCGGAGCACGGCUGCGCUCCUGGAGAAGCUUUACGCCAUGGGGCUGGUGGCCUCCAAGAGCUCUCUGGAGCUGUGCGACCGUGUCUCGGCCUCCUCCUUCUGCCGCCGUCGUUUGCCUUGCCUGCUCCUGAAGCUCCGCAUGGCCCAGAACAUGAAAUCUGCCGUCACCUUCGUGGAGCAGGGACAUAUUCGGGUCGGCCCUGAAGUUGUGACGGACCCGGCAUUCUUAGUGACCCGGGCCAUGGAGGACUUCAUCACCUGGACGGACUCCUCUCGCAUCCGCCAGCAUGUGCUCAACUACAAUCAGGAACGUGAUGAUUUUGACUUGGCUUGCUGAAAAGAGGCUUCCUUCCCUAUCUGUGAAGCUGAAUUCUCCCACUUUUGUAUAAAUCUGUGUCGUCUGCAGGAAUAUGCCUGAAAUGCUUAGCCCAGGUCAUCUCUGCUGGUCCCAGCAUCUGCUCUGCUGGUGGGAUAUGUCCUGUUUCAUUUGGAUCAUCUACCAUUUUGAAUGAUAAUAGCGCACGACUGUUUGGAGCAGUGAUUCUACCUGCUUAGCUGUGCUGACUUCUUGCCCUUCCAAGACUGGAUCGGACUUGGUAGGACCUAACUAAUUUGUCGUAAUCUGGUGCCUGUACUUCCCAUUUAGAUGCAGUGUGGUGGCACCUUCUCUCUAUGUAUUUGAGGGAAACGCGCAAAACUACAAACAGAGACUUUAAAAUAUCUGCUGCACACACUGCUGAUAUUCGUCACCAUGUGUUCAGAGUAUCCACCAGAGGGAGAUGGUGGACCAAAGGUUGUCUGAGUGAGCUUGGGAAAGAAAAUGUGUUGGCAAAAUGUUGUAUGGGGAAGUGUGUUUUUUUUAUGAAACCUUCUAUUAUAGAUCUCUUCCAGGACCACACUGCAGAUUAGAUCACUGGAUUAUAUUUGACCUCUCCCCAGAAAACAACCUGAAAUAAUCUUGAUCCAUCUUGAAUGCUUUAAUAUAAAGAACACCAAACAAACUUUAUCACUCAUUCCUGAUCAAGGACUGGAUGGCUGCCCACAACAAAUCUGUGCAACUAUUCUUUUAAUAAAUCUAA